CUUUCCGACCAAACACCAGUUGUCUUUGAGUGGCGCUAUUUUGCAGAGAGAGAGAGAGAGAGAGCGAGAGAGAGAAAGAAUCAAGCUUUCGUUGAAAAAAGUGGUACUCGUACGGAGAGAGAGAGAGAGAGAGAGGAUGGCGGAUAGUGGUGGACGGAGAAUCGGAGUGGCGGUGGACUUCUCGGAGUGCAGCAAGAAGGCUCUGAACUGGGCGAUCGACAACGUGGUCCGCGACGGAGAUUAUCUAAUCCUCAUAACCGUGGCUCCCAAUAUGAAUUACGAGGAAGGCGAGAUGCAGCUCUGGGAGACCGUUGGAUCACCGUUGAUUCCACUGAGUGAGGUCUCGGAAGCUUCCGUGAUGAAGAAGUAUGGAGUGAAGCCAGAUGCUGAAACCCUUGACAUUGCCAACACUGCCGCUACGCAAAAAUCGAUUACAGUAGUGAUGAAGAUAUACUGGGGAGAUCCUCGUGAGAAGUUAUGUGAAGCUGCUGAACAUAUCCCUCUCUCAAGUAUUGUCAUCGGUAAUCGCGGCCUUGGUGGCCUUAAGAGGAUGAUAAUGGGAAGCGUUAGCAACCAUGUCGUCAACAACGUUGCAUGCCCUGUUACCGUCGUCAAGGCUCACCACUGAGCUUUGUCUUCAUCUCCUUCACUUCAUUUUCCCAGAGAACAUGAAUAACCUGUGGUGUAUUGUGUUUGUUGGUUGUGUCUGAAAUUUGUAUUUUCAAACUCUCUAUGUUGUGCAUCUUUAUGUGUUAAUGGGUAAAACAUACUUCACCUUCUAAUAAAAAAUAUACUCUUUUCAAUCA